AUCAUCACCUUUAGCUGUGAGCUCAGACACCAGCUGAGAGCUCCGCUGAGAGCCGGACCCUCGGAGGAGGAGGAGGAGGAGGAUCGGACCCGGGUGAGGAGCGGUGUGAAUGCAGAGCAGCAGCAGCAGCCGGAGCGUCAUGUCCUGCAGGACGGAGUGAAGCAGAGCUGAGAGCAGCGGUAACUUCCAGUGUGAUGCAGCUGUGUGAUGGGAGAGUCAGCCGAGCAGGAUGGGCAACAAGCAGACAACCUUCACCGACGAGCAGCUGGAGGCGUUUCAGGACUGCACCUUCUUCACCAGGAAAGAGAUCCUGAGGUUACACGGCAGAUAUCGUGAGCUGGCUCCACAUUUAGUGCCGCUGGAUUACACCAACAGCCCCGACAUCAAAGUCCCUCUGUCUCUGAUCGUCACCAUGCCUGAGCUGAAGGAGAACCCGUUCAGAGAACGGAUCGUGGAGACGUUCUCUGAGGACGGACAGGGGAACCUCACCUUUAACGACUUUGUCGACAUGUUUUCUGCUUUCUGUGAAACGUCACCCAGAGAGCUCAAGACCAUCUACGCCUUCAAGAUCUACGACUUUAACAGGGACAACUUCAUCUGUAAGGAGGACCUGAAGAAGACUCUGAACAGGCUGACCAAAGGAGAGCUGACGCCGGAGGAGGUCACGCUGGUCUGUGAUAAAUCCAUCGAGGAGGCCGACCUCGACGGAGACAGCAAACUCUCCUACUCUGACUUCGAGAACAUGGUGUCAAAGGCUCCCGACUUCCUGAGUAACUUCCACAUACGAAUAUGAGACCCUUGAGCAGCAGCAGAGAUCCUUCAGAGGACAAAUGUCUCACUUUGACGUCGUUUCCUGAUCCAGCCGGUCUUCACCCUCCAGACUGCACCUGAACCUCAGACCCACCUCGACUCAGUGCCUGUCCUUUCUACCGCUGGCGGAGAGUCUUCGUCUCCAGCAGAACCUGACACCUGACUCACAGAAGCACAGGCAUUUUCCUGCCAACUUCGCAGCCUACAGACAGCGGGAACAUUUACUGCAUGAAAACUUUCUCUUUAAUCUAAACAGUUUGGAGGCAAACAAGGAGCGAUAAACCAAGAUGGGGCUAAUUUUAUACCACGGGAGCGUCUCUGCAGCAGGUGUGAUGUCUCCUGUGGACACUUUGGAGAUGCUGCAGAGUAAACAGGGCUUUUCUGACUUCAGUGCUUUGCAGGAAGGCCAGAUCCACUGACUGGAUUCUUUUAUAAAAGCACAGUUUAAAAGGGCAAAACAGUGAAGAGCUAUGCAAUCUCUCUCCAUGAAGUGCAUGUUGUAAAUGCUUGUAGCUGUGGUUGAUUUGUUCUCCUGGUUUAGUGACACGUUUUGGUGCAUAAUGACAAUCAUAGUAAACUGUAGUUCAGUUGAUGGAAGGGCUCUCUGUCAUCUCACCUGUAAACUGUUUCCUGAUAGAACAGCUUUCACUCCUUCGACAGAAAAGAGAAUCAGUAAAAGAUUUUCCUGUCGCUCGAUGCUCCGUCAAGCUUCUUCUCAGAGAGAACUGAUCCAGGGUCAGGUCACCGGAACGACCCUGAGCCGAGGGUCUGAAAACAUCUCCAUGUGAUUAACUGUCUGCAGCGACAGGACAGGACGCCUCAGGUUUAGAUACUCUGCAGACUUUAGGCUUCCUUGAAUCAAAACAAACUUAAGUCUUCUCCUUAAGGUUUCCCUUAAUAUGUUCACCUUAGGAUUUAAGGUUUUCUUCAUAUCUCGGGCUUAUUUGAAAAAUUGAUUAAAGUUAGCUGACCUUCUGGACAAAGACCUCAGGUGUCACCAAACAAAGAAAGAAAAAUCAGUUGUAAAUGUUUUUCCCUAACAAGGGAAACUUUUUAAGGGUGUCCAUGCAACACCAUUAUGUAACUCCCUUAGCUGAGGGGAAAGUGUCAUACUUAAGGAGAAAACUUUUGUGCGACCGGCCCCAGACUUUCACCCAGGAGCUCGCUGUUUGUUUCCUUUAUGAAACCAAAAGUCAGUGGAGUUAUUUUAAUAAAGCGUUGUGUGCUAAUAUGUGCAGCAUGCUACGCUAGUGACACAUGUCACAUGACGUUACUAACAACUGUUCUUAUUUUGAGCCAAAUCAAGAUGUUUUUUGUGCUUUUAUUACCUAACCUCCAGGAAAUAAACCUAUAAACAAAGUUUAAUACAUUAA